AACGAUUGUCAAAAAAAAUUCCGCGUCGGGGGUUUUGCUCCCUGGGAUAGGCUCCGCUAACUUCCAAAGUUACUGAGGUAAGUAGGUAAGUAGUGUGCAUACAUGUUUGUGGAUCAUAGGUAAGUAGGUAGUGUACGUAAAAACUUCUAGAAUUUCGUAUGGAUACAUUAUCAGUCGAUCGCACAUGGGUACGAAUGAUCAGCGUUAAAGAAGUACAGUACCUAUCCAGAUGUUCGUUAUGGUCAUGUCAUGUGCUAUAUGAUUUGAUGUGUUCUUCACGGAAGGGAGGACUGGGAAAGCAUAUAUGAAAAUGCAAUUUGGUAAGGGGGGAGGACGAGGCCCAGAUGCCAAAAAAAGUUACGAGUACAAACUCGAGGGUGGCCCGACCUCGGCGGCUAUCGACUGUCGGCCGCCCUUCCCGCACCGCGGUCUGCGGUUUGGCCGCCCCUGCGGGUCCCCGUCAACCAUAUCAACCGAAUAUCCAAUUCAAAGGGCGGGGAGCGUACGUGUACCACCACCGCCGCCCGUCCACCGCCCGUCCACCGUUUCCCGUCUCCAGCCCACGGGUAAAGGCAAGCAAACGAGCGGCGAGGCGGCUAGCCGCAGUACAAAAUCCGGAGGGAACUCGCAGGAGGCGAAAAGCAAAGCAGAUCCGCCUCCCCGACCUCGACCGGCGAUCGCCCCUUAUUGACUUGUAGCGGAAGCCAUGGCGUCGCCGGCGCUAAUCUCCGACACGGAGCAGUGGAAGGCCCUCCAGGCGCAUGUCGGCGCGAUUCAGAAGACGCACCUGCGGGACCUGAUGGCCGACGCCGAUCGAUGCAAGGCAAUGACGGCUGAGUAUGAAGGGAUCUUUCUGGAUUACUCGAGGCAGCAGGCGACUGGUGAAACCAUCGAGAAGCUGCUUAAAUUGGCUGAGGUUGCCAAGCUCAAGGAGAAGAUUGAGAAGAUGUUUAAAGGUGAAAAGAUAAAUAGCACGGAGAACAGGUCAGUGCUUCAUGUAGCUCUGAGGGCUCCAAGAGAUGCAGUUAUAAACAGUGAUGGGGUGAAUGUGGUCCCUGAGGUUUGGUCUGUUAAAGAUAAAAUCAAGGAGUUUUCGGACACUUUCAGAAGUGGAUCAUGGGUUGGAGCAACUGGAAAACCAUUGACCAAUGUUGUGUCAGUUGGAAUAGGUGGUAGCUUUCUUGGCCCUCUAUUUGUGCAUACUGCGCUCCAGACUGAUCCAGAAGCAGCAGAAUGUGCGAAAGGCCGACAACUGAGAUUCCUUGCAAAUGUUGAUCCAGUUGAUGUUGCACGAAGCAUUAAAGAUUUAGAUCCAGAAACCACUCUGGUGGUGGUUGUAUCAAAGACAUUCACAACAGCUGAAACAAUGUUAAAUGCUCGAACUCUUAAGGAGUGGAUCGUUUCUUCUCUUGGGCCACAGGCUGUUGCAAAACAUAUGAUUGCUGUCAGUACUAAUCUUAAGCUUGUGAAGGAGUUUGGAAUUGACCCAAACAAUGCUUUUGCCUUUUGGGACUGGGUUGGUGGCCGUUAUAGUGUUUGCAGUGCUGUUGGUGUUCUGCCAUUAUCUCUUCAGUAUGGUUUUCCAAUUGUCCAGAAAUUUUUGGAGGGAGCUUCCAGCAUUGACAACCACUUCAACUCAUCUUCAUUUGAGAAAAAUAUACCUGUACUCCUUGGUUUGUUGAGUGUGUGGAAUGUUUCAUUUCUUGGUUAUCCAGCUAGAGCAAUAUUGCCAUAUUCCCAGGCACUUGAGAAAUUGGCACCACAUAUACAACAGCUUAGCAUGGAGAGCAACGGGAAGGGUGUUUCCAUUGAUGGCAUUCCACUCCCCUUCGAGACGGGUGAAAUUGAUUUUGGUGAACCUGGAACUAAUGGCCAGCACAGCUUCUAUCAAUUAAUCCAUCAGGGAAGGGUCAUCCCUUGCGAUUUUAUUGGUGUUGUUAAAAGUCAGCAGCCUGUUUACUUGAAAGGGGAAACUGUGAGUAAUCAUGAUGAGCUUAUGUCCAAUUUCUUUGCCCAGCCUGAUGCACUUGCUUAUGGAAAGACUCCUGAACAAUUGCACAGUGAGAAAGUUCCGGAAAAUCUUAUCCCUCAUAAGACUUUUAAGGGCAACCGGCCAUCACUAAGUUUGCUUUUGCCUACACUAUCCGCAUAUGAGGUUGGACAGCUUUUAUCCAUCUAUGAGCACCGGGUUGCAGUUCAGGGCUUCAUAUGGGGAAUUAACUCGUUUGAUCAGUGGGGAGUGGAGCUAGGGAAGUCGCUUGCUUCCCAAGUGAGGAAACAGCUGCAUGAAUCCCGAAUGGAAGGAAAGCCUGUUGAUGGCUUUAACCACAGUACUUCAAGUUUGCUUGCACGAUAUCUUGCUGUCAAGCCACCCACUCCAUAUGACACUACCGUGCUACCGAAGGUGUAAUGUCUCAGAUGUUUGACAUGCUAAUUGCUGAGUUCUGACUUGGCAAGGUUGAGCAUUAAGUCUUCCUUUUGGGAGUUGUUACAGCCAUUUUGGCAGUGCUUUAGUUUUGAGGUUUUGUAUACUCCUUGUAAAAGAAGAGAAACAAAUUUUUGGGUGCUUUACCACAUACCCGUGGAAUAAAACGGAUGUUAAACUCAACUGCAGUUACAACACCCUAAUUUGGCUUUUGUCUGUAGUUGGAUAGCAUUAUGCUGUCGCUGCCGUGA